AUAUGGCGUCAGUGUGGAUUGUUGUAAUAUUUAAAAUGUCAAAUGUGUGUUACGACGUACAAAUUUCAACGAAUAGAUACUUUUCCUUGGCUACGUUUUAAGUUUUUUUUCCCAUCUAUUAAACUAAUUAAUAACGUGAAAAGCUAUCGAUACGGUUGAAGUACUAUCAUCGAGAAAAUGAUCGAUAAUACGAUCACACCUGUAAAAUGUAAUCACUUUGAACCAUCUUAUACAGAGUAAAUUAAUGGUCACCUGUCUGUAUAGGUCGAACCAGUCUAUGAAAACGUUCGAAAAGAAGAUAAUGCAGGAAAACUCGUUACAGUUGAAAUAGAAGUGAACAGUAUUAAUAGGUUGGAUUUAUGUAAUGAAUUAAAAUUACAAACAAAUAGGAUCGGUGAUCGAGGUGGAAAAGGUUGAAAGAAUCAAAAGAUUAAACAUGACAUCUCUUGGAAAACUAAUAUUCAUAGAUAUUCACUGUAGACAUCCAAGAACUUCAUCUUCCACUGAUUUGCAAAAGGAUUAUGUUGAAUCUUUGUCCUUUGCAUUUCAAAAUCUAUUUUAUAUGCCGUUUGAUAUUAUCGAAAACUAUGGCAAUAUGAUACAUACUUUAGAUAUUAGUCAUAAUAAAUUUUGUAGAAGUUUACACUUUUUAUCAGAAUUUGAAAAUUUAACAUCUCUCAAUCUGGAUUAUAAUAAUAUAGAUGAAUUUACUGUCUUCCCAUACAUGCCAAAACUUCAACUAUUAUGGUUAAAUCAUAAUAAGAUCGAUCACUUAUAUCCAUUUAUUAAGAAUCUCUAUGAGAGUAUGCCUAACCUAAAAUAUUUAAGUCUUAUGGGAAAUAAGGCUGCGCCUAGUUAUCUUAAUGGUGGAACGUUUUAUGACUAUUUACAGUAUAGAUUGUUUAUUAUAUCCUGGUUUCCACGCCUUGUACAUUUGGAUGACAGGACAAUAACUCCUGAACAAUGUCAAGAAGCUAAAAGACUGUAUAAGAGGCCAUUCUUAGAAAGUUUAUCUGAGGAUACUCCAUUACCAGAAUGUUUCAAGUAUUUGCAUAAAAAGUUAGCAAAUAUGUUUUCAAAACCAAUCUUGCCUAAUAAAUUACAAGGCACAAGAGGAACAAAUGUUAUUAUUUGAAACAUUUAUAAAUGAAAUGAAAGUAUAAGAGCAAUCAGAGAAUAUAUUUUUUUUAAAGACAGAAUAAGUAUGUAGAACUCUUAGAGAUUUUUUAAACAAUAUAUAACUGCCUUAAAAUUAUUAUUAUAUUACUUAGUAAAUUUACUGGAGGAUUUAGGAUUUUACAGUACAUUAUGUAUAUUACUAUUUAUGAUACAUUACGGAAUUAGAAUUUUGUAUGGUACAGAUAUAAUUUAUAUAUUAACAAAACCUAAUGUACUAAUAGUAAUAUCUUACAUUAUUAAAAUAUUUUGUUAUUUGUUAUAUAA